CCGAUCUCUGGCGGCGACAUCUCUUCUCCAAUUUCUUCCUACCUUUUUUUCUCCGAUCUCUGCUGGUGCGAUCUCCACCAAUUUUCGACACCGCCGUGUUUAUGCCAUCCGCUCAGAUUUAUCUUCGCGCUUUUCAUAUUUUUGUAUUAUAUUUAUCUUCAAACCUUUUAUUUACUUUUCUCGGACAGUCAGCAUUUUACGCUUCUUGAAAGGCAAUUGACAUUUCUGUCCCUCCUCUUUUGAUUAUUGACCAUCGUAACCUUGAUCUAACAAGCCACGUGACAUAACCUGAAGUGAACUUAAACAAAUGAGUCAAAACCACCACGCGUGCACAUUUCAAACUCUGGGCGCGUCGGGGAAACGCAAAGACACGAUGGAGAGUGAUUAUGGUUUUAAUCAAAGAGCCACUCCGGCUACAUCGAACUAUCUCUUGGCUGGAUAUAUGGCUCACGAGUUCCUCACGUGCGGGACCAUGUUGGGCCGGAAGCUGUAUCCUGGAUGGGCUGAAGUUGGGCCACUGGACUCGCCGCAACACAGGGAAGUGAAGAAGAAGGCUGAUCACCAGAGCUACUCUGAGGUAGCGAGUGUGUUCAAGACAGAUGGGACCCACGUCUCUGGUGUGGUUAACCCGACCCAGCUUGCUAAAUGGAUCCAGAUGUGACUAAUUAUAAUAGGUAUUUUCAGCAUCGAUCAUCGUUACCUUUAGUUUUCUUCUUUAUGAUAAGUCUCUUUGGAUCUUUGAUAAUGUUAUAAUGUGAUAAAAUAACUAUUAAUUAGUCUUGUGUUUAUCGUUUUGUCAUCUAGUAAUCGAUUUGUAAGCAUUUGUGUUUUACUAUUACGUGCAUUUUGCAUGCCCAUGAUUAAGCUUGACGUUGAGUCAAGAUCCCG